UAGUUGUGGGUACGCCACGGUCGGAGAUGGAUGGUGCGAACUUUAUGGAAAUCGAUUGGUGCCAGGGCCUGGACUUGGAUUUUGUCAAUCUUGGAGCCUCAACUCUGUUCCAACCUCUUCAAGGCGACCGUGACCCAUACGCGAUCGAGGUUGCGGAACCUGCUAUAGCGGACUUCUACCCCCAAGCGAAUGGAUUCCUACCUACCGCCUCCCUCGAUUUCAGCAACUCUACGCCAGGUGCAAGUCUGCCAGUAUCAGCAAUAUCCACGGACGGGAACAAUUACGCCCAGGACAUUCCGGACGCCAUUAUCAGCGAAAUUGUGAGAGAGAGUCGCUGGCUUUUAUGGCAGACCCACACAGAGGGUCAUGAAACUCACCAUGAUGUACUUUCACGCCUUGAGCCCAUUACGAUUGGAGAUGUUAAUAGUGAUUUAACAAGAAGAGCGGAGGCGAUUUUUCAGGCACCCGACAAGGAGCAUCUGGUUCACUAUCUAAAGCUCUGCAUCUACCUGUCCUCUAACAACCUGAUGUCCCAGUGCUCAACAGAUAGCUUGGUGUCGCUGAUUGCGAGAAGCAAUUCUUACUGGAGACUCAAGGCGCUGAUAAGGUCAACAACCAACACGACAAUGGAGAUAUUCAUGAGCAACCUGUUAGCUAGUGCGGCUGCUAUAGGAGACACAGAGGUUUGCCGAUUGCUUAUCGCGGCCGGGGCGGACCUGGACGCCCAUAGCGGGCAGACAGUGCGAACAACCGCCCUUCACCGGGCCCUUCUCCGCGAUCAAAGAGAGUGUGCGAGGAUGCUUCUGGAGGCCGGCGCAGACGCAAACCUCAUGGUUGAUGGGGAGACGCCAUUACACAUCGCAUGCUCCAAGCGCAACGCAAUUGACGUGGUUUGUCUCUUACUUCAAUUCGGAGCUCAUGUUAAUCCACCGCAAGACUGUGCCGAGCUCACGCCCUUGCAAAUUGCCGUGGAAAGGGAUGAUCUCGAGCUGGUGCGCCUCCUUCUUGAGCAAAAGGCAAAUCCAAAUGCUUUCACAACAUCCAAGGAGGGUACGGCUCUACAAAUCGCAUGCGCCAACUCGAUGAAUGCGAGUGUGGUCGAGCUUUUAUUGCGUGCGAACGCAGACAUCGAUACCCGCCCGGGCUACCUACGUGACAAGCAGGUCCCUCAUCCUUUGGCGGAUAGCGAUGAUGAAGAUUUAGAUUGUAUCGAAAUCUCCACCUCCCUUAAACCUGCUAUCCUUAUAGCGGCCGACAACGAUAAUUGGGAAGUGGUCCAGCUUUUGUUGGAGGAGGGCGCGGCUGUCAACGCCAGCUUGGGAAGAUGUCCAGGCCGUUUUUUCAAUGACCAUAAUGGAGAUUAUGAUACACCGACCGUAUACACGCCAUUACAAGCAGCCGUCCGAUCCGAAAAAAUCACCAUGACCCGCAUGCUUUUAACCGCUGGGGCACAAAUUGAUGCGAGGCCAAGGGGCGAACACGGCCAUACGGCGCUCCAAAUAAGCGCUAUGGUUGGCAAUGAGAGGCUGAUCGAGAUUUUGCUGCGAAAGGGAGCGGAUAUCCACGCCCCAGCCGGUGUCUAUGGUGGACGGACAGCACUUCAGGCCUCUGCUCGACAUUCCGAUACCAGGAUUCUGGCGAUCAUGCUCAGGGAAGGGGCAGAUGUAAACGCACCCCCAGCGAGGCAUCAGGGAAGGACUGCUCUACAGAUAGCAGUUGCAGCUGGUAGCACAGAAGGAGUCAAAAUGCUCCUUGAUGCGGGAGCAGUGGUCGAUUCAGAUCCGAGCCUCACUGAAGGGGUUACGGCCCUGAAAGAAGCUAUUCGAAUCAAGGACCUAUCGAUCAGGGAUGAAAUACUUUACCUCCUUCUGCGGGCCGGGGCUUACACUGAAGUCACCAAAGGUCCAGAUUACCACGCGCCUCUACACGUCGCGGUGGAAAGCGGAGAUGAGAAAAUCACUGAAAGGCUCCUGAGGAAAGGCGCGAGCGCGAAUUUGGGGUUUUGUGCCGAAACAAGACUUACUCCCUUGCAGAAAGCCUCCUCGGAAGGGCGAGAGGAUCUAGUGCGACUCUUGCUAGACGACGGAGCAGAUGUCAACUACCCAGCUCAUGAAUAUCGGGGCCGCACAGCCUUGCAAGCAGCAGCUGAGCGCUGCCAUGUACCAGUGGUCAAGUUGCUCCUGAUGCAUGGAGCAACGAUAAAGUCAAAGAGAGCUAAAAAUAAGGGGAUCUCAGCGAUAGAGGGCGCCGCUCUGCAAGGCUCUCGGGAACUUGUCGAGCUUUUCCUUGCUAAGGAGCCCGAUGUCAUAUCGUCCGAUCCAAUCGCAAAACAGCGAGUCAUCGGGCUCGCCUUGACUUCCUUCAGAUGUGACGUGCCUAUGUUAGAGCUCCUGCUAGAGGGAGGAGCAGAUGCUAAAGGUGGUUCGCGCUCCCCAUUAGAAAGACCAUUGCUUCAGACGGCAGUAGAACUCGGCAAUUAUCACAUUGUCCAGUGUCUAGUUUCCGCAGGCGCAAACCUUAAUCACCGCUGGAAACGCGAAUCGGCUGGUAACGUCACUGCUCUUCAGGCCGCUGUUAGCAGCCGCGAUAUUGACAAGGUCCGCUUACUGCUCGAGAGAGGGGCUGAUGUCAAUGCACCAGCAAAUGAGAACGGAGGGAGAACUGCAUUGCAGAUGGCAGCAUCGCAGAAUAAUCGCACAAUAGUGGACCUGUUAAUGCAUCAUGGCGCUGAUGUUAAUAGCUUGCCCAGUCCCCGGCAGGGCCGCACGGCCCUCCAGGAAGCUGCAAGCUCUGGUUUCCUGCAGCUUACCGAAUACCUGUUAGCCCAUGGUGCCCAACCUAAUAUGCGUGCAGCACAUUUUGGCGGAGUAACAGCUUUGCAAGGGGCAGCAAUUUACGGCAAUAUCCGAAUUGUGAUGAUGUUGCUUCAAGCAGGGGCAGACAUCAAUGGAGCGCCUGCUAUCGAGCAGGGAAGAAGUGCCAUCUCUGGUGCUGCAGAGAAUGGCAGACUGGACACGCUAAACCUCCUAUUGAACUAUCACCCAAACACAGAAGAGUUUGAGAUUAGAAAAAAGCAGGCUGCCAAAUUGGCCCUGGCAAACGGUCAUUUGGCGAUCGGAAGAUUUUUGCUGGCAUAUCGGAAACAUUCUUCGAAUAUAUGAAAUGCUGCGACCUAUUACCUUGUGCUGUCUAUGCCAGGGUGCGACUCAAAUCUUCUUGAGGGUCCAAGUCAAACUAGCUCUUAUUGUCUUAUUAUUCUCUGCUAUUCUUGGACAUAGCACUAGUAGGGCUUAUAUAUGUUCAAAAAAUGUUGCUA